GACCAGAUCAGUCCCACUGCACUGUUGCUUCUACUCUGAUAGAGGACACAGCUACCGAUGUCUGACAUGGAUUAGACUUUUAAAAAAACGGGAUAUCUUUAAAGUUUUUUUUGCUGCGAGUAAAAAAAAGAAAAGAAAGGAGUUUGCUUAUCUGCAACUUGAAAAGAGAAGUGGACAGAAAUGGCAAGUCCUCCGGCGACUGGGGGACACCUGUUAUCAAAUGGGACGAACGGUGUGAAGAAGUGCGGAUACCUGAGGAAGCAGAAACACGGACACCGGCGCUUCUUCGUGCUGCGGGAGCCGACCGAGCGCUGCCCUGCACGGCUGGAGUAUUAUGAAAGCGAGAAGAAAUGGAGAAACAAGUCCGCCGCGAAACGGGUCAUAACUUUGGACUCAUGUCUGUGCGUAAACAAACGGGCCGAUGCCAAACACAAGCACCUCAUCGCCCUCUACACCAAGGACGAGUACUUUGCCGUGGCUGCAGACAACGAGCAAGAACAGGAGAGCUGGUACACUGUUCUGACUGAUCUAAUAGCCGAGGGGAAAGUGUACGACAGCCCCGCUUCUACCUCCUCUUUAGUCGGCUUUGAGGAAGCCAGCUACGGACUCAUUACUCCUGCAACAGCUGCCUAUAAGGAGGUGUGGCAGGUCAACUUGAAAUCCAAAGGCUUGGGUCAGAUCAAGAACCUCACUGGGGUUUACAGGCUGUGUUUGUCCAGCCGGACCAUCAGUUUUGUCAAACUAAACUCAGAAAAAGCUGCUGUCAGUUUACAGCUCAUGAACAUCAGGAGAUGCGGCCACUCAGACAGCUUCUUCUUCAUAGAGGUGGGUCGCUCAGCCGUCACUGGGCCCGGGGAGUUCUGGAUGCAGGCAGAGGACUCCGUGGUUGCGCAGAACAUCCAUGAGACUAUUCUUGAGGCUAUGAAAGCCAUGAAGGAGCUGUCUGAGUUCAGGCCGCGGAGCAAGAGCCAGUCUGCAAGCACUAACCCCAUAUCUGUGCCCACACGACGCAACCUCAACAACCUGCCCCCCAGUCAGACAGGCCUGGUGAGGAGAUCCAGAACAGAUAGUAUGGCAGCCAUGUCCCCAGGAAGGAAGUUCACAUCCUGUCGGAUUAGAACAGCCAGUGAGGGAGACGGCAGCGUGACCCGGCCUGUGUCCAUGUCCAUAUCUGUGAAUGGGAGUCCCACCAGUCCGAACUCUGGGAAUCACCUCAUCAGGUCCCAUACGCUUAGCAGUGGGCGCACCUGCAGAAUGCUAGAGUCCAACCUGCAUCAUAGUCGGUCCAUGCCGGUGUCUAACUCCCCACCAAGCACCUCCAGCCCCAUCAGCAUCUCUCCCAGGGGGGCUGGCAUGUCCACUCCUGACAAAGUCAGGCGGCCUUUUAGCUGCAGCGCCUCCAUCUCCGGCUCCCUCAGCGACACUGGCAUCAUGCUGUGUGAUGAUUACAGCUCCAGCCCAGGUGAACCAAGAUUCCUCCCCCUGACCCGCAGUGACACCCCUGACUCUCUGUCCAGUACACCGCCAUCACGCGACAUCAGCGACCCUUGUGGCUACAUGAUAAUGGAAGGGGGGGAUGGCAGCAGGUCUAGGGCUGGCGGAGACGGCCUGGCGUAUGACAUGGCUUACAGGAAGCGAACGCACUCCCUCACCACACCACGUCAACAGAGAAUGGUGGCGCCGCUGUCCUCUGCCUCCCUGGAUGACUACACGCUCAUGAGGAUGGCCUGUGGGCAGAACUCUCACUCCGCCUCGCCCAAAGUGUGCUACCCCGAGGAUUACGGAGACAUUGAAAUUGGUUCAUCCAGGAGCUCCAGCAGUAACCUUGCAGAUGAUGGCUACAUGCCAAUGACGCCAGGUGUAGCUGCCCAGUCUGGUAAGGUAGACAACUACAUGCCCAUGAGCCCCAUGUGUGUCUCGGCACCUAAGCAGAUUGUGAACCCUAGGGUGCAUCCUCAGGCGGCUGCCGGUGGUGGCUACAAGACGAACUCCCCCUGCAGCAGCUCUCUGGAGGACAAUGGUUACAUGAAAAUGUGGUGUAGCUCCAAAUCGUCCAUGGAGAGCCCAGACAGGCAGGGUGAAUACAUGAACAUGUCGCCUGGACACCCACCUCCACUCCAGACCCCCCCAGACUACUACUUGAGCCUGCUGGCUGGUGAACCUGCAGCAGUGAGGUCAGCUUAUCAGUGCGGCUCUCUGACGCUCCCUGCUAAACUUCAGGCGUCCAAGAAUGAGGAAAGCAGCCAGUAUGUGUUGAUGAGCCCUCAGAGUUUGAGGCAGAGGGUGGGAGAGUCAGACUAUUAUUCAGUGAUGCAGCCUAGUGCAUCUCAGAUCUCACCUCUGAGCCCCUCUGUACCCUCCCCAGUCAGACUUGGUCGGGCGGAGAGCCUGCCCUACAGAGGGAGGCUUGGCAGGCCUAACAGGCUUUCCCUGGACACUGUGAGGACCCUGCCCAGCAUGAACGAGCACCCCCUGCCCGGAGAACCCCGGAGCCCUGGGGAAUACAUCAACAUUGACUUCAGCUGUGCCAGAUUCUCCCCGCCCUCCAUUGUAUCCACCCAGAGCCAGUCUUCAUCACUGGGCUCCAGCGGCAGGGGCCUGGGGAGGUCCUCUCUGACAGACUACAUGAACCUGAAGCUGGGCUCACAGUCGCCCAAGGAGGUGGACACUCCUGCUGAGCGCUUGGACACAGUCCCAGAGUUAUCUAUGUGCUCAGAGGAGGACAGAGUGUACCAUCUGGAUAGUGAGAAAGGGUCUCAGGGCCUCUGUGAUGAGGUGAAAAAUGACUACACUGAGAUGACAUUUGGGAUGACGAGCUCACCUCCACAGCUUGUUCCUCAAAACACUGCAAGUAGCCAGAGCAGUAGGGAGAGAAGGGUCUCUCCGGAGGACCAGGGAGUCCCAGAAGGCAUUGGGGUCUUCCUGCUUGGGGCCCCCUCUUCCUCCACAGUGGACCCCGACUGCUCCGCCAAGGUGAUCCGGGCCAAUCCGCAGGGACGAAGGCGCCACAGCUCCGAGACCUUCUCCUCUACCGCCACUGUGACGCCGGUGUUCCCCUCUUUCGCCCGUGGUGACACGAUGAAGAGGCAUAGCUCGGUGGAGAACAUCUCGUCCCGGAGCAGCGAGGGCUCCGACGAGGAAUACGGCAACAGCCCUGUGAACCGGCAGAGCUCGGCCGGCUACUCCAACGGGCUGAACUACAUUGCCUUGAACCUGCUGGACAACAGGGAUGUGGAGAAAUGCGAAGACCUGACUGGCUUCAAACCCACCAGCAGCUGCAAAGGGGGUAUCAAUGGAUUACACACCUCACCAUAUGUCUGUUUGGGAUUCAAGGAGGCUGCAACCACUGCCAAAGACUGAAGGACUUGUCUAUCCUCUGACUUGGCGUCUUCACCGAUUUGCUGCUCAAAAAAAAAUAUAUAUACAUCUCAUCUUUGCCCUUCCACUGGGCUCUGUGGCCCUAAAGGACUGGAUGGACCCUCAGCAUCACUCACACACACUUAGGAAAACAAGCAGGUCACCAUCUAUGCAUGUCAUGAAUUUGCUGAAGGCAGGACAAGUGUGUUUGUGUGUGUGUGUGUGUGUGUGUGUGUGUGUGUGUGUGUGUGUGUGUGUGUGUGGGCGGAUGUGUGUGUUGUGUAUGGGUGUGUCUCAUGUUCCCUGCGCUUUCAGAGGCCAUUUGUCAUGUGGCACACAUUUUGGCGCAAGCACAGAAGCAAAGAUAGUCAGUUAAUAACAAAACUCUAAUGGUACCCACAUACUAUUUAUUUUCUUGAGGGUAGUUUUACGACUGCCUGUAUGAGUACAAGUGUGUUUCUGAGACAAAGUACGGACAACCGGUAUGAAAGUGAACAAUAAAACCUAUGGAAAUGACCCAGGGAGCGAGGAUACCAAGAUACACUGAGGACAUAACUAUAUUUAGAUCGGAUAUGUUAUUUAUUUUUGGAAGAUGAAUGUCUGAUCAGACCUACCCAAUGCCUUAAUGUCUAUACUGUCCUUAUGUUUUCUAUGAGAUAAGAGAUAUUCUAUUACUGUAUGUCUGUUUGGACCUCUAUAUUGUUAUUCUGUUGUGGAAAGUAAGCUUACCAUUUAAAAUAUUAUUUCAGAAAUGUACAGUACAGUGGGGCUGCUUGAGAUCUGAUCUUAUUGAUAUUAAAGUAUUUUCUUAAUAACAAAUUUCUUAUUUAUUCUAACCUAGUUUUAUUUUUUGUCCAAUCAAAGCUCUGAACUUAAAAUAAUAUAUUUCUAAAUGUCUUUAAGAGUUAUGCAUGUCUUUAUAACUCGGCUCAGACCCCACAACACCAGGCAUCUGAAUGCACUGUACCUCCCACAGUUCAGUCACUUGAGCCUGGAAACCUCACACACUCCUACCUUCAAACCUACGGCCUGCUGCUGAGCUCAACGCAGGCCGCUCUGCUGUGAUAUCAUUUGACGGUACAACUUGAGGUGACAAUGGAGGGGUGGUGGAGCCAAUGAAAAAUGUUGAGGUUGGGGCACAGUUGAGACGGUUUUUGGUCAGCUAGUGAAGGCUGAAGUGAGGGGGGGGGAAGGGGCUGCCACUGUCAGCAGGGCUGGACAAUCACAAAAAGUAGAGCGGCCAACAGCCACAUCUGGCUCCAUCAUCAGGUUCAAUGGAAAACCAGCUGUCUGGAAAAUAUAUCUAUAUGGCAGACGGCACAACACGUUUAAUUUGGCUGAAGAGAAUUAUGUAAUGUUACAAGUGAAAGCAAGACUAUGUAACUAACUAUAUCACUUAGUGGCAACUACUGUAUGUAACAAUUACAGGACGAUGCUAAAUUCUUAACUGUAGUGUAGGCUAAUCUUGCUAGUCUUGAUUCAAGAAGAAGAUUCAGUGAAGUCUAUUGUACAGCAUAUAUAUCUGAUGUUUUACUGACAUUACUGGCUGACAUUAGCAGUAAUACUCUGAGUGUAUUGGAUUGAACAACAGAGUUUUAUUGCUCAUCAAUUUGUAAGAAGAAAACAUGUUAUUUCGUCUUUCUUCAAAGUGAGCCUCUGUAACUUUUGCUGAAUAGCAGCCACUGUGGUAUCAAGCAGCAAUUUCAGAAUAACGAUGAAUGCUAACAUGUAGUGUAACACUAGUAUAAAUUGAGAAGAAUUAAAAAAUGUACCAAACCAAUUUAGUAAUCUCAGCAAUAUCUAUCAAGUAUGCUAACGUUAGCUAACAUUAGCUAGGCUACCAUAAGGUCAUAGGCCUAGCAAGGGAGUUUUAUUGCUAAUAAAUUAAACUUUUCAUUUGUUAGAAAAAGAAUGUGUUAGUCUCUAACUACACUAAUUACAUAGUCUCGUUUUAAUCUGAAGAAACUCAAACUUUUUUAUCAGUAAAUACAUUUCUGUCUGUUUUCGGUUAAAAAUGGCUCUGACCUUCCAAAAUGGUCAUCAGUUGGUGAACAUCAUCUGAAAGCCCUCUAUGCUAUCCUGACUGUGGUCUUUGCGUCGUCCACUGUGCCGACUCCAACUGGCUCACAACCCCUUUAGUGUACAGUAGAUUGUAAAACAUAAAACCAUGUCUGAAUGUAUCGCUGAGCUGGUGGUGACACCACACAAACAUAAUGUGGGAAACGGUUUUGACAGAGUUGAAUAAUAUUGGAGUUAUACUGCGCUAAAUUGUGGUUUCUAUUUAUCUUCAGAGUCUUGAAUGUGUAUAUUGUGUACAUAUAAAUAGUUUAACUACAAACAAUCUAUUGAAAGAGUACUUAGAUUUGACCUGUUGCAAUGAUAUUCCUGUGUAAAGACUUUGGCUACCGAUUUUUAAAAAGGGGACGGGGUUUUUGCUUUUGGGUUGUAAAGUGUAUUGUAUGCUUUUCUCCCUCACAGUCUCUGAAAAAAUACUGUAUUUUAUUAUAGAGAUCUCUUUGCCUUGUUGACACACUUUACCCUGAUGGCAUAUGCAAUAGUGACAUGAAUACAAUCUAGUUUACAACCGUGGAACCAAAUGUAACAUUACAUUGAUGAUUUACUUUAUUUUUUGUGGCGAGCAGAAGCCAUUUUGCUCCUUGUACAUUUCUCUUUCUGCCAAGUGUUUUUCUUUUCUUUUUUUUGCUGGAAACUUUGUUUUUGACAUGUUUCAAAGAGCGUUCCCCAUUUCUGUGUCCAUGGACAGACUCAGAUUGAUCUUGGAUUGACUCAAGUCUGAAUGUGUUGUUGUCUUCCAUUGUACAUAAUUCAAUAUACUGUUUAUUGUGAUGCUCACAAGAGAUGAUUAUAAUGAUUUAUAAAUUCUGGUAGUUGAGUAUUGCUUUUGUCUGUAUUGAUUAUGGAUAGCAGCCUACAGAAAUAAAUGAUUUUAUUUAAAGAGGUA